AGCGUCAUGCCUCUGCCCCGACGCCGCUCAUCCUUCCUCGGACAGACGUCCGCAGAGCGCCCGCCCUCCGCCUCCUGCGGGAGGAUGGGCUCAGCGGGCACCUCUGCUCCCCGUGGGGUCUUUGUAGGCUCCGCCCCCCCAGCGAGUGUUUCCCCUGGCCUGGGGACGCGGGUGUCCCGGCGGGCUUUGGGGAUCAGCAGCGUGUUCCUGCACGGGAUGAGGACGAGCACGGCACCGGUGCUGCCCCGAGGCGGGGAGCGGGCAGCGGGGAGCGGAGUGGCGGCGGCCGGACUGAACAGCUGUUUGAUGGAAUACCGGGACAAAGUGAGAGCGCUGGAACAACUGAACCAACAGCUGGAAGAACAGAUCCGCCUCUGCCUGGACCGCAAGGCAUCAAGUGCAGGAGCCUGGGGGCCCCUCAGGAGGGAAUGGGAGGACGUCUACAGACAGGUCAGUGAAGCCAUCCUAGACAACGCUCGACUGAUGCUGCAGACAGAGAACGUGCAGGCUAACGCAGAGGACUUCAAGGACAGGUUCGAGAAUGAGCAGCCCUUCCGGCGGGCGGUGGAGGAAGAGAUCAGCUCGCUGUACAAAGUGAUCGACGAGGCGAACCUGACGAAGGCGGAGCUUGAGGAGCAGAUGGAGAACAUGAGGGCGGAGCUACGCCAUCUGGAGCAGAAUCACGAGCAGGAUGUGCGGAUCCUCUACAGUCAGAUGGCGGGGCGUGAUGUGGACGAACCCGACGCCCCCAUAGAAACCAGUCUGGACCAGAUCCUGGCCUACAUCAGGAGCCACUGGGAGAAGGUGAUGGAGAAGAACCGGGCUGAGACUGACGGCUACCUGGAGUGUAAAGAGGCGCAGUGUGUGAGCAGCAAGCUGAGUCCGGAGGAGGAGCAGGUGGAGGCACUGAAGGCAGAGUGCAGCGAAACUGGCUGUAAGAUCCAGAGUCUACAGGCGGAGACGGAGUCCAUCAGAGCGCUGAAACGGGGUCUGGAGAACUCGCUGAGUGACGCCCGCCACUGGCACGACAUGGAGCUGCAGAACCUGGGCUCAGUGGUGGCCAAGCUGGAGGCAGAGCUAGCUGACAUACGCGGCGAGAUUGAACAGCAGCGCCGCGACUAUGACACGCUGCUGAACAACAAGCAGCGUCUGGAGCAGGAGAUAGACAUGUACCACGGCAUCCUGGAUGGAGAGGAGAACCGCUUUAAGACACCGUGUUUAGGUGUCCAAUCAGAGCUUGAGGCAGUUGCUCCUGGGACCGAGAGUCCAGGACCUACAGGACCUGCAGCACAAUGACCCCAGAGGAGGACCUGAACGGACUCAUGAGACUGACCCAGACUCUCUGUUGGACGGUCUUCUACCUGGUGUGCAGGAUGCUGAGAAGUCCAGUAUGCAAUUCAGCUGCUCUGUGUGGAAGUGAUGUGCUGUGACGGUCUUCAGGUAAACCUGCUCUCAGAACGCCUGAGGACCCACCUGAGCACCAGCAGGGCUCUGGGUAAGGAGGAGUCCUCUUCCCUUGGUGAAGUUUUCAGGAAAAACCCAUGCAGAAAAAUACUGAAUGAUGCUGGACUCAAGAACACCUGAGGACCCCACCUGAGCCUGAUUGGAUCUCACAGAAGCAGAACUUCUGCAGCACAGAGACUCGUGCUUCUUUGUGUUAAUAAAAGUGAAUGUGAUGGUGCAUUCAGGUGCUCUUUGUUUCAUUGAUCUCCAUCCAAAGACUGACAAACAGAAAGCAGUGUUUGCCUGUGAGACGAACUGCAGGUUAGGGCUCUUCCUCAGUGCAGUUUAAAUGUAUUAAAGUGCAACUUCAAUCAUACAGCACGCUUAAAAUGUGCAGAUGUGCCCCAAAGCCCAGACAUCCGAGAAUGUUUCCUCUAAUCUGCAUCCUCAACCUACAGCUUGUUUUUUUUUUUAAAGCCUGUCGGCAGCUUUUGCAGUUUGAAUCAUGAUCUGAAUGCACUGCUGUGCCAAACAUUUGCUUUUCCAAGAUGAGCUCUAUAAUGUCUCCAUAGGCUCCUCUUGUUAAUUUUUAUUUAUUCAUUUCUGUUAUUGUUCACAUAGGUGUGUGUGUGUAUUAUGGCCAUGCCAGAGCUGCCAGGCAGGAAGGAGAACCUGAGGCAACAGGGAGCCGACCCCCUCAGAGGCCAGCGGCAGGGCCCCGGGGUCGCAGGCACCCUAGGAUGGACUGGCCCACAGUGUGUGGGCCAGUCUGGGGUGAUAUGAUGGGUGCAUGUGUUAGUGUAUGUGAGU